AUGUCUGAUAAAGCUCAUAAGAAGGACAAGUUUGUCGGUGUCUUCCCAGAAUUGGUUGAAGAAUUACUUGAUGUAUUAAAAGGUUAUGGAAUUAGAGAAGAAGCUAUUGAAUGGUAUAGAGAUAGUUUAAAUUAUAAUACACCAGGUGGGAAAUUAAAUAGAGGUAUUUCAGUUGUUGAUACUUAUGUUAUUCUUAAAGGUUUUAAAUCCAUUGAUGAUUUAUCUGUGGAGGAAUAUAAAAAAAUUGCCAUUUUGGGUUGGUGUAUUGAAUUAUUACAAGCUUAUUUCUUAGUAGCUGAUGAUAUGAUGGAUAAAUCAAUUACAAGAAGAGGUCAACCAUGUUGGUAUAGAAAAGAAGGUGUUGCAGAAAUUGCUAUUAAUGAUGCAUUUAUGCUUGAAGCUGCAAUUUAUGUUUUAUUAAAGAAACAUUUCAAGAAAGAAUCAUAUUAUGUUGAUUUAUUAGAAUUAUUUCAUGAUGUUACAUUCCAAACUGAAUUAGGUCAAUUAUUAGAUUUAAUUACUGCACCAGAAGAUCAUGUUGAUUUAUCUAAAUUUUCAUUAGAAAAACAUUCAUUUAUUGUUAUUUUUAAAACUGCUUAUUAUUCAUUUUAUUUACCAGUUGCAUUAGCUAUGUAUGCAGCAGGUAUUAAUGAUGAAAAAGAUUUAAAACAAGCUAGUGAUGUUUUAAUUCCAUUAGGUGAAUAUUUCCAAAUUCAAGAUGAUUAUUUAGAUUGUUUUGGUAAACCUGAAGAUAUUGGUAAAAUUGGUACAGAUAUUCAAGAUAAUAAAUGUAGUUGGGUUAUUAAUACUGCAUUAAAAUUAGUUAAUCCUGAACAAAGAAAGAUUUUGGAUGAAAAUUAUGGUUUAAAGAAUUCAGAAGCUGAAUUAAGAGUUAAAAAUUUAUUUAAUGAAUUAGGUAUUGAUAAAAUUUAUUUAGAUUAUGAAGAAAAAAUUGCAAAUGAAUUAAGAGAAAAAAUUUCCCAAAUUGAUGAAUCAAGAGGUUUUAAAGGUUCAGUUUUAACUGAAUUUUUAAAUAAAGUUUAUAAACGUUCAAAAUAG